GUUGAUUGUUUGCUCCAGGGUACCCCUAAGAUACCUGCAUUUACACAGAAAGGGGAUUACAUUAUUGGGGGUUCUUUCCACAUGCAUUACUACUUGAAAACAGUGGAGAAAAACUACACCAGCCUUCCAGAGCCUCUAAAAUGCACAGGAAGCAUGGACACCCGGGAACUGCGCUUCUCGCGUGCAAUGGCCUUUGCCAUCGACGAGAUCAAUAACAGCACAGAUCUUCUGCCGGGGGUGGCGCUUGGUUACAAAAUCCAUGAUUCGUGCUCCUCUGCGCCCAUGGCCGUGCAGGGGGCCUUCCAGUUUACUAAUGACCCGUUUUUGUAUAAAAACAGUAAAAAGUGUUCGCCAAUGGGAAGGGUGUUGGCUGUUAUUGGUGAUACUGGAUCAACGACAUCUAUCAGCCUUUCAAGAAUCAUCGGGCCUUUUGGAAUUUCACAAGUUAGUCACUUUGCUACAUGUGCAUGUUUGUCUGACAAGACACAAUACCCAACCUUUUUUAGAACCAUCCCCAGUGAUCAGUUCCAGGCCGAUGCGCUUGCCAAACUUGUGAAAAAUUUUGGUUGGACUUGGAUUGGCGUUGUCCGGUCUAGAUCAGACUAUGGCAACAAUGGGAUGGCGUCCUUUUUACAAGCAGCGCAGAAAGAGGGUAUUUGUGUGGAAUACUCAGAAUCAAUCACUAAAUAUGAUCCACAGAGCAAGAUUCAACAGGUGGCUGAAGUGAUUCGCAGGUCCACAGCCAUGGUUGUCGUGGCAUUUACAGCUCCAGGAGACUUGUGGGUUCUGCUUGAGGAGCUGACCGUACAUCCCUCUCCUCCUCGCCAAUGGAUUGGCAGUGAAGCCUGGGUAACCCAUCCGGAGGUUCUAAGAUUUCCCCUUUGUGCAGGAGCUAUUGGAUUUGCUAUUCCGCAAUCUAACAUACCAGGCUUUAGAGAAUACCUUCUCGAUCUUUCUCCUGCUAAGGUGGCUGCUUCACACGUGCUCACAGAGUUCUGGGAGGGUGCAUUUAACUGUCUCCUAGAAAAACGCACUGGCUCAGUGAACAGAGUGUGUGAUGGAACUGAAGAUAUACAAAAGCUCCAGAACCCAUUCACUGACACCUCUCAGCUCAGAAUCACAAACAUGGUGUACAAAGCUGUUUAUGCAGUAGCACACGCUAUACACAAUAUUGUCUGUAAGGAGAUAAACUCCAAAAUACAAUGUGACCAAUUCAUGAAAAUAGAGCCAGUGCAGGUCCUUGAUCAGUUGAAACGGGUGAAUUUCACUCGUAAUGGUUACCACGUCUCAUUUGAUGCCAAUGGUGACCCUGUGGCCUUCUAUGAGCUGAUUAACUGGAAGAGAAAUGAGAACGGUGGUCUGGAGUUUGUAACCGUGGGACAUUAUGAUGAGUCCCUUUCUCCUGGCCAGAAGUUCAAUAUCGAAAGGGAAAUCAGUUGGGCAGAUGGUGGCAUACAGGUGCCUGUGUCCGUAUGCAGUGACAGCUGUCGACCGGGAACACGCAAGGUUCUCCAGAAGGGAAAGCCGAUAUGCUGCUAUGACUGUGCACCAUGUGCUGAAGGAGAGAUAAGCAAUACUACCGAUUCCUCUGACUGUUCCCCAUGUCCCAAGGAGUUCUGGCCCAAUGCAGAGAAGAACUUCUGUCGUCCCAAGCUUGUUGAGUUUCUUUCCUUUAAUGAGAUCUUGGGAAUUAUUUUGUCAGCAUUCUCUAUAGCAGGAGCCUGUUUGACCAUCGUAACAGCCGUAGUGUUAUUCAAGCACAGAUAUACUCCAGUAGUUAGAGCUAACAACUCUGAGCUGAGCUUCCUGCUGCUCUUCUCCUUGACUCUGUGUUUCCUGUGUUCUCUGACCUUCAUUGGCCGUCCCUCAGACUGGUCCUGCAUGCUUCGCCACACAGCUUUUGGGAUCACCUUUGUCCUCUGUAUCUCUUGUGUUCUGGGCAAGACUAUAGUAGUGUUAAUGGCAUUUAAAGCUACAAUUCCAGGUAGCAAUGUAGCCAAAUGGUUUGGCUGUAAACAACAGAGAAUGACUGUAAUAUCUUUCACAUUUGUUCAAGUUCUGAUAUGCAUUAUUUGGUUGAUUCUGAAGCCUCCUUUCUCCAUUAGAAACCUGACCACCUACAAUGAGAAAAUCAUUCUAGAAUGUGCAUUAGGCUCAGCAUUAGGUUUCUGGGCUGUGCUUGGGUACAUUGGGCUCCUUGCUGUAUUUUGUUUUGUGUUAGCUGUUUUAGCCCGAAAACUACCUGACAAUUUUAAUGAAGCUAAGCUUAUCACAUUUAGUAUGCUCAUAUUCUGUGCUGUUUGGAUCUCUUUUAUCCCAGCUUAUAUCAGUUCUCCAGGGAAGUUCACUGUAGCUGUGGAGGUCUUUGCAAUAUUGGCUUCUAGUUUUGGAUUAAUUUUCUGUAUAUUCCUUCCAAAAUGUUUUAUUAUUAUAUUCAGGCCAGAGAAAAACACCAAGAAACAUUUAAUGGGUAAAAAUUAA